AUGCAGAGUAUAGAAAAUGAAGAUAAAAGGACUCGCAUGACAUCCAAGGUAGCCUAUGAUCGAUCCGAGGAGGCACCAUUAUUGGUCUGUACUACAGAUGAGGUUAUAUCUCUUGUUGGAUGUAUAACCACCACAGCAGCAUUAAUCAUACAAGGAAUGGCUAAGACAAAUCUGAUGAUGUAUAUAGCUGCUAUAUCCAGUAUAGGAUGUAUUGUGACAAUGCCAAUGAUCAGAGGGAUAAUGUCCCGGAUGGCACCGCCUGAAAAGCAAGGAUCUAUUUUUGCUGGAGUGGCUGCUGUAGAAUCGUUUUCUAGUUUAUUUGGUACAGUGGUUAUCGGUAUAAUAUACGAUUCCACAGUAACUAUAUAUAGAGGACUUACAUUCUUGAUAUGGGCUGGAAUUGGAGGUGUUGGCAUCAUUCUGUCAUUAAUAUUGGUUAUGGAAAACAGGAAGCGACCAACAGUUAUACAUACCAGUCAGUCAAAUAUUGUGAUAAAAGUCGAUUCAUCAGUUACAGGAGAAUAAAUAUAAAUAUUAUGGGGCCUUCUCUGAAUUCAUGUCAACUGCCUGGCUUAAAAUUAAAUUUUCAUUUCGACGUC